GUGAAGGCCGUAGCCGGUCAGCCGCCGCUCGGAGCCAUGCUGAGGAGCUGCGCCGCACUCCUGCGCACGCUCGGAGCCCCGCGCGGCCCUCCCGGAGUGGUGUGGAGGUCAUUUUCUUCUGAGAAAGUCAUUCAUAAGGACUUUGCUGUCCCCAACCCCAGCUGGAGCAAGGACCUAAGACUCCUCUUUGACCAGUUCAUGAAGAAAUGUGAAGAUGGCUCCUGGGAACGUUUACCUUCACACAGACAAACCCCUCUUCAAAAAUUUGAAGAUUUCAAAACCCAUUUUCUAGACUCAAAGCAUAUGAAAGAAGAACAAAUGUCACAGGCCCAAAAUUUCACCAGAAGCUUUGAGGAUGGCCUGGGCUUUGAAUAUGUGAUGUUCUGUAAUGAUAUUGAAAAAAUGGUAGUUUGCUUUUUUCAAGGAGGUCCUCACCUACAAGGAGUACCUGGAUUCAUUCACGGAGGUGCCAUUGCAACCAUCAUUGAUGCUACUGUUGGUAUGUGUGCAAACAGAGCUGGGGGAGCUGCUAUGACUGCCAAUCUCAACAUCAAUUUUAAAAGACCUAUCCCCCUUUGUUCUGUUGUGGUAUUAAAGAGCCAACUUGAUAAAGUUGAAGGAAGGAAACUUUUUGUUUCUUGUAGUGUUCGAAGUAUUGAUGAGAAGACCCUGCACUCAGAGGCAACAAGUUUAUUUAUAAAACUAGAUCCUAAUAAACGUUUGACAUAAAAGAAAUUCUGGUAAAUUCUACACCAUUCUGCUUGAGGCUGUCCCUCCUCCAAAAGCAGUUGUCCCCACUCCUACUGUGCUUACCUGCUGCAAGAUCCUCCAAGGUGAGCCUGCUAACACUGACUCUUCAAAACAACCUUCUGAAUAUGACUCCCAGACUCUCUUCCACCUUCUAAACUUUUUAACAGGAAGAAACACUCCCUAUGAGAAUAUCAACAAUUCUUUAUAUCUCUGUAAGAUAAAAUUGUGGUUCUCCUGAAAUUUUAACAGAUUCCUUCAAGUUACACAAGCAUGACAUCUACCCACUACAAACAGAAGAAAAAUAUGUACUGAAACUUUUAUUACAAACUUGGAAAUGCUAGAAAAUUAAAUGUAUAAAUAAAUACGUGGAGUUGUAUGGGAGAGUGCAUAUGUGUGCAUCUGCACAUGCAUUGUGAGCUAUAAAGCUAACUUUGUUGUAUCUGAACAAACAGAUCUGUUUGGGCAGAGUAGGAAGCACACCUAGUUCUAUUGAUAUGGAUAGCUGAAAUCUUUUGUCUGGCAUUAAACCUCUGUACCAUUUUUAACUCAGGCUGUUCUGUUGUGUCUUACCAGCAGUUAGUCAUCACUGGAAGGAGACUGUAUUAGUUUCCUAGGGCUAUAACAAAGUUCCAGAAACUGAAUGCACAAACUUCAAGCAACAAAACUCAUCUCACAUUUCUGGGGGCCAGAAGUCCAAAAUUAAGGUAUUAACAAGAACAUGCUCCUUGGGAAAGUGCUAGGCAAGAACUAUUAUAUGCCUUCCCAGAGGAAGUCUCAGGUAUUCCUUGGCUUGUAGACACAACACAAUUCUCCCUAUAUGUCUCUACAUCAUCUUUCUUUUGUGUAUUUAUUUCUGUCCCUGGGUCCAAAUUUCCUUUUUUUAUGAGAACACCAGUCAUGUUAGUAGAGCCUACCUGAAUGACCUCAUUAUAAUUGAUUGCCUCUGUAAAGAUUUUAUUUCCAAAUAAGAUAAAGUAUGAGACGCUAGACAUUAGGACUUCAACAUUCCUUUUGGGACAGGAAGACAUAAUUCAACUCAGAUAAUACUAAAAAUAAAGUGGGAUAUUAACAUUCUGGAAAGCAUAUUUUGCUUCCUAAUGUAAACAACAGAUUAUUUGACUUCAGUUUCUUACCUUUCUUUUUUGACCCUUGUUGAAAAUUUAGGCCAAACCAUAUGAAAUUGCUAUUUUUGAAAAUCACAAUGGUCAAAUAUUACCAAUUUCUCAUGGCUCAACCUAAUAACUUAGGGAUAGCCAAAUGGCACCCUACCAGUCACUCUUCCACAGCCAAAUGAUCAGCUAGAGUGCUUCACUGCCAAAGUCAAACACUUGACUUUGGGAUGGCCAAGCCAGAGGAAGACCCAAGUCCUGAAGGUCUUCCUGAAGGUGCCUCUGGUGCCCACCUGUGCUCCUGUGCUGCUACAGGAAAGGCCCACAGAUGAGAGUGGGGCCCUAAGGGUUUGAAGCUGGCAGCUUCUCCAUGGAACCUCCAACAGAGCUUGGGGAAGUACCUGGGAGGUGACUGGUCUCACAACUUUGCAAUUCACACGUCUGGCAACAACUACCAUUUAUUCCCAGUCUUUCAACUGAUCCUGAAACCUCAGUCAGUGGGCUGUUAUGACAACUGUAUCUCACAGCUUGCUUUUUGUAGAACCAGACUUUUUUUUUUUUAAUAUGAAACUAAAGGACUAGGCACCAACUGCCAUCUAGUUUUAUUCAGCUAGUAGACAAGAAGUUUAGACAAGGAAGGUUCUUUACUCUUGUCAUUUGGUUUAUGAAGCAAAAGAACCUAACUGAAAAAAAUCUCAGUUGCUAUUAACACAGGGGUUCCCUGUAGCCAGUGAAGGAAAAAUGGUUUCCCUGCUUCGCAGCAGACUGUAGGUUUCACUAAUCCCUGGCAUUUUUGCCUUCAUCAGUUUGUAUUUAAUAAUAUGUAUAGGCUGUGUUAGUUUUUCACUGCUGUGACAA